UGCAUGUCUUUUGUCUUGGUGGCAUCCUUCCAUCGCUCUACAAACUCAGCGGUGCUUGAUCAGUGUCCGUUCUCAUCGACGACGCACGAACAUAUGCGCAUACAUCCUCCGAAGAGUACAUCUACUGCUCAUCAUCCCUCGCCUCCGAAAUCCAUCCGGAGCCAACGCUGUCGAUCACCGGCUUCGACACGCGUUCAAUAUGUCCGUGCGGGGUCUUCGCUCACCAUAGGUAGCGCGCGGACGGCCACGAACACGACCAACACAGGCUCUCGCAGACGCUCACAGCCAGGCUCGUCAUUCCCAUCACCAGGAAGGUGCGUUUCAGUUCUACGUUUUACGGGCACACGAAGUCGACCAACUCUCGCAGCGAAGGAUUGUCGCUCGGCAUUCGAGAUGACACCCGGUGACACGCACAAGUCUCCUACCGUCUCGCUCGUCUCAUACGCGAGCAUCACGUCAACCGGCGCAGGACUGUCACGCUCCCUUAGGUACUGGAACGUCUCGCUGCCGAAUAGUAUGUCCGCUCAGAUGGAGUCGAACUAGUGAGUACUCAUUGCUGUAAGCCUGUCUCAGCCCCGAACCGCGUCACGAACGCGUAUUUUCUCUUGAUAUGCGAGGAGGCCUACGCCGUCGCCACCUAUCUAGAGAGAAUCGACUGACAGACGGUCCGCGACCCCACGAGCUAGCCCGUUGUCGUUUUUGACGGACGUGUAAUCGUGGACGAUUGACUCCCAGAUCAUUUAGAG